AUGAUUAUUGACUUGCUACUUCAUCAGGAGCCACGUCAGGCUCUCUUAGCUGCCGGGGUGGUUCUGGCCGUCACCUGGCUACUGAGCUAUGUCCUGUGCCCAAGCUCUCAGCUACCACUGAUCAAUAGCCAUGGGUUCUUCCAUUUGGGGGGCGAAUCCAAGAAGAGUUACGUUGCUGGUGCGGCAAAUCUUCUGAAGGAAGGCUUUCAAAAGUCAACCAAAGGAUUCCGCAUAAUCACUGACAAUGGAUGUCAAAUCGUUAUCUCCCCGAAGUAUCUCGAGGAAAUUCGUCAACACCCAGACCUAAGUCGUGAUAAGGCUUCCGCUAGAGAACUCAUGUCCCAUCUCCCGGGGUUUGAAGUUUUCAGAGAAGGUUCCAAAGACGAGCGUAUUCUUCAUGAUGCAGUGCUGACAAAGUUGACUCGAACACUCGGAAAGGUGACCGAACAUCUGUCGCACGAGACUGCUUUGAGCUUCGAGACUCAUUGGACAAAUGACCACGAAUGGCACGCUAUUUCACUACGAUCCAGCAUUACGCAAAUUGUUGCUCAAACCUCCUCGCGGGUUUUCCUUGGGGAGAAGCUUUGCAGAGAUCCCAACUGGUUGCACAUCACAAUCAACUACGCAGUGCACGUCAUACAAGCUACCGAACAACUUCGCCAAUGGCCUCACGCGCUUCGUUACGUUGUCCAUUGGUUUCUCCCUACUUGCCGAAGGCUCCGCCAGGACAUGCGCGAUGCCCUGGGCAUGAUUCUUCCAAUUAUCAAAGAGCGCCAAGCUGAGAAGGCGGCGGCGCGAGCCGCCGGAAAGACCCCUGUGUCAUACCCUGAUGCGAUCGACUGGAUGGAGGACACUGCUAAGGGACGCGAGUACAACCCAGCUAUCUCCCAGCUUUUGCUGUCCAUGGCAGCUAUCCACACAUCAGCCGACAUGUUGACUCAGGUCUUGUUUGAUAUUGCUGGAAGAGAGGAUCUGAUCAGUGCCCUGCGCGAAGAGAUCAUGACUGUUGUUCGCGAGCAAGGGUGGAGCAAGAUCUCGCUUUACAAGUUGAACUUGAUGGACAGCACCAUCAAGGAAAGCCAAAGACUUAAGCCCAUUGCUAUUACACCCAUGCGUCGCCUUGCGACCAAGGAUGUCCUGCUAUCUGACGGAAUGUUUAUCCCCAAGAACACUACCAUCCUCUUCCCAGCCGACGCUAUGUGGGACCCUGAAUUCUACCCUAACCCCGAAGAUUUCGAUCCCUACCGCUGGAUGAAGAUGCGCAACCUUCCCAACCGCCAGAUGCAGACCGCUGCCCAACUGGUCUCGCCUUCACCACACCAUUUAGGCUGGGGGUUUGGCCAGCAUGCCUGCCCAGGUCGGUUCUUCGCUGUGAAUGAGUUGAAGAUAGCACUUUGUCAAAUCCUGUUGAAGUAUGACUUCAAGCUUGACCCUGAGCGCCUGCCCGAGGUCCGUCGCCACGGCACCUCUCGUACUGCUGAUCCGGUGGCGAAGCUCAUCAUCCGCCGACGGGAGGAUGAGGCUGCCGUGCAGGACCUCCCUUGCAUGGCUUAA